UAGCUUUAUGUACUCCUGGGGAACAGAGCGUCAAACUAUCAGUAACAAUUGGACUACUUUGCUGUGGGAAUUCCUGCCUCUGGUUGCAGGACUUGUCUUUAACUUACUUUCUGGGACACACUCAAUUAAAUGCCGCGUCUGGCUCAAGCCUGAGACUUAAAGCUCCGGCUUACCUGUGGAGCAAAUGUGUCAAGUGGCAAGCAACGGUUUCCGCUCCUGCCGUGUUGUGAUGGCUAGCCGUCGUCGCUAGCAGCCUAGCUAGCUGUAUGGCUGGUGUCGGUACUGCUGCAAAGAAGGCGAUAAUUAGCUUGCAAGCGGGCUUCGCUCGCUCGGCUGCCACUUUGUUGUAGACAGCUCGCCAUCUCUUUACCCUGCCGACAAGGCCGGCUAACGGAUAAUGCUUUGGAUACCACAGUGAGGAGGAUCACCAGAUGGAAAUAAUGAUGUUUGCACCGAGUGGAUUACUCCCCAUGCCUUUCGAAAUUGUGGAAUAAUUUUCAUCAUGCGCGCCGUCAAAUCAGAGCUCGACCACUGCUGCAGAGAUUCCGUGUCCUUGCAUUUUUUGCACCUACCAGGGAGCUUUUAAAGACCAGCAGCCACGACAUAAACUAUGUACCUCCGCGGGUUGGAUAUGCCCAGAAACCUGUAAACAUUAGCGUUAAUUCGUGCAAAGGAAGCCCAAAGAAGGAAGUCCAGGGCGGGAUAGGUACAGAGAAACUACCCGUUCCCAAAGAAACAUGGCCUCGGUUUGGAAGAGACUGCAACGUGUGGGGAAGCAUGCCUCCAAAUUCCAGUUCGUGGCUUCCUAUCAGGAACUGAUGGUGGAAUGCACUAAGAAAUGGCAACCAGACAAACUGGUGGUGGUUUGGACACGCAGGAGUCGGCGGAAAUCUUCCAAGGCCCACAGCUGGCAGCCUGGCAUCAAAAAUCCCUACAGAGGAGUGGUGGUGUGGCCUGUGCCAGAGAACAUUGAGAUCACUGUCACUCUUUUUAAGGACCCCCAUGCAGAGGAGUUUGAAGACAAAGAGUGGACGUUUGUCAUAGAAAAUGAGUCUCCAUCAGGGCGGAGGAAGGCCUUGGCCACCAGCAGUAUAAACAUGAAACAGUACGCCAGUCCAAUGCCCACGCAGACAGACGUCAAACUCAAGUUUAAGCCCCUGUCGAAGAAGGUGGUGUCGGCCACGCUGCAGUUCUCCCUCUCCUGCAUCUUCCUCCGUGAGGGAAAGGCCACUGAUGAGGACAUGCAAAGCCUUGCCAGCUUGAUGAGCAUGAAGCAAGCCGACAUUGGCAACCUGGACGACUUUGAGGAGGAGAAUGAGGAGGACGAGGAGAACAGGGUUAACCAGGAGGAGAAGGCUGCCAAGAUCACAGAGAUUGUAAACCAGUUGAAUGCCCUCAGCUGCUUACAUGGGGAUGAUGAUGAUGAUGAAGGUGUCCUUAAGCGAGCACGCAAAGCAACCGCUAAGCCUGCCGCUUCCUCCCAAGAGCUGAUCAACAAGCUGAACUUCCUGGAGGACGAGGAUCCGGACGCUCCUCCUGCCAUGAACAUCAAUCCCUUCGAUGACCCCGAUGACGACCUUCAUCCUAACCACAUGAACCCGUUUGGUGAUCCUGAUGAGGAUGAGCCCCCUGCCCAGCCGGUCUUAAGGCAGCGGGUUGAAGAUGAUUCUUUCUAUGACCAUGACGACUCGAAUCCGUUCAAUGAGCCGGAUGAACCCGGAACACAAACUCCUCCAGGGAACCCCUUUGAUGAACCCGAGCAGGACACGGACCUCCAGCCAGACCCAGAACCCCCGAAGCCCAGGCAGAGGAAAGGAGUGCGUCCUGUUGACAUGAGCAAGUACUUGUACGCCAACACCACUCAGAAUGAGGAUGACGAGCUGGAUGAAUCCAACCCGUUCUACGAGCCAAGGACAUCGAGCCCUACGCACCCCCCUGCUGGUGGCCCCUCCCUGGACAUGAGCAGCGGCCAGAAGAGGAGGGCCCCCCCACCCCCAAGUUCAAGCCCUGGCCUCGGUCCCAGUCCGCCAGCUCCCAAACCCAGCUCCAUCCCAGACAGGGAGCGAGCUCAGCCAGUUGGGCCCAGCCCGGUCGCAGCAGUGAGAGAGCUGGCCUCCUCCUCCCCAAAGCCCAGCCCUGUCCCGAGUCCGGUUCUGGGAGGGAAGCCCAAUGCAAGCCAGUCCCUGCUGGCCUGGUGCCGCGAGGUCACCAAGAACUACCGCGGGGUGAAGAUCACCAACUUCACCACCUCCUGGAGGAAUGGGCUGGCCUUCUGCGCCCUGCUGCACCACUUCAGGCCUGACACAAUAGACUACAAGUCGCUCAAUCCUCAGGAUAUUAAAGAAAACAACAAAAAGGCAUAUGAUGGCUUUGCGAGCCUGGGUAUCUCCCGUCUCCUGGAACCAUCAGACAUGGUGCUGCUGGCCAUUCCGGACAAGCUAACAGUCAUGACCUACCUGUACCAGAUCCGGGCCCAUUUCUCCGGCGAGGAACUCAACGUGGUGCAGAUAGAGGCCAACAGCAGUCGCAGCACCUACAAGGUGGGCGACUUUGAAACCGACACAAACGCCUCCAUAGACCAGGACAAGUUCUACGCUGAACUGAACGACGUGCAGCCCCGUCAGGCUGACUCUCAGCCUGUCGCCUCCGCUGGGGCUGAAUCUAAUGGCACUAAAGCCGCAGAGGAAGAGGCGACGGAGCUGGGUGGGAAAGUGGAGGUAGGAGCCGCUAGCUUUUCAGCAGCAGCACCUUUACAGUCCUCACCUCCUGUCCCAUCACCACGCACAGCAUUAAGCGCCUCAGCAACAGACUCGGCCCACACGGCACCAUCAAGCUCUGAGGACAGGGGCAGUCUGUUCAAAGCCAACACUUUAGACCUCAGCGAGUUACCACAGAGGGUGGAGAGAGAGAUGGAGAAGGAAAGACAGCAGAAGGAUGAGGUGGGGGAGGAAAGAAAGGAGGGAAGUACAGAACCAGGGUCCCCCACUAGGAGAGGGGCCGCGUUCUCCUCAUCCCCAUCCCACCAGAAACUGGGCUUCUCCUACAACAGGGAUGCUGACCUCAUCAAGAAGAAGAGGGCCAGCCUGCGUCACUCAGAGUCUGAGCCCGCCUCAGAGACCAGCUCCCCUCCAGUCAACCACACAGAAACGCCUCCCAAACAGGAGCCAACACCUGCCCCUGUAAGUCCACCUGCAGAGAAGAGGGUGCUGUCUCGUCAGGAGGAGCUGAAAGAGAGAGCGAGACUUCUCCUGGAGCAGGCCCGCAGAGAUGCUGCCAUGAAGGCCGGGAACAAGAACGUCCCCAACUCAGCCGUCAGUGCACCAAACAGGCCCACAAACGUCUGCGAUGAGCGUGACGCAGAGCGGCGGAGACAGCUGAGAGAGCGAGCCAGGCAGCUGAUAGCUGAGGCUCGAUCCGGAGUCAAGAUGUCCGACAUGAGCCUGCUGGACACGUCCAGCAUGGAGAGAGGCAAGGGCAGCAAAGCGAGCCCUGCUGGAGAUGUUUUGGAUGGAGUGAGAGGUCAUCAUGAGGAUGAUGCCGUUGAUGGUGAAAGGGGUGAGGAUGAUGAAGAGGGGAGGGCUGAGGAAGAGCAGCUCCAUUUUGGUGCUGCUUCUGCUUCUGCUGAUGCUGCUGCUGCUGCUGCUGCUGCUGAUGAUGAUGAUGAUGAUACUAUUGCUGCUGCCACAUCUGCGUCUGCACUGGUUACUAACCCACUGCCACUGGAGGCUCUUCUUCCAACCACCUCCAGCACCCAGGGGCCCCUGGAGCUUACUAACCCUGGCUCUGAUCUAACUUCUCUGGGAACAAACAGUAAGCAUCCGGAUCUGAAGCUGAAGAAGCUGGUGGACGUCAGCCCAAGAAGAGUCACGUCCCCUUCAUCCCCAUCCUCCACGUCCUCCUCAUCCUCGCCCACUGCCUCCUCCACCUCCCCACUCAGCCCCACAGAAGGACACGAGAAUAACGCUGAGGAGCUGCGAGCUGAGCGGCUGCGCAGAGCGACAGAGCGGUUACGCAACCCCGUAGUCUUCAACAAGGAUUCUGCAGUCAGGAAAACACAGCUGAAGUCCUUCAGCCAGUAUGUGGAGAACAGACCAGAGGUAAAGAGACAGAAGUCUAAUCCUGAGGAUCUGAGGAGGGCUGAGGAGGACCGAGGUUCACCGACUGAGCUCGAUAUUCGCAGACCGUUUGAAGAGGAGAAGGCGUUCAAAGACACCAGUCAGUAUGUGGUUGGGGAGCUGUCUGCACUGGAGAGCGAGCAGAGGCACAUAGACGCCCGAGCAGCUCGCGUGGAGAAGAGGCUGCGCUAUCUCAUGGACACAGGUAACAACAAGGAGGAAGAGGAGGCGAUGAUGCAGGAGUGGUUCAUGUUGGUCAACAAGAAGAACGCACUCAUCAGAAGACAGAACCAACUCUCCCUGCUGGAGAAAGAGCACGAUCUGGAGAGACGCUUCGAACUGCUGAACAGAGAGCUGAGAGCCAUGCUGGCCAUCGAGGAUUGGCAGAAGACGGAGGCCCAGAAGAGACGAGAGCAGCUGCUGCUGGACGAGCUGGUCAUACUGGUCAACAAGCGAGACGCGCUGGUCAGGGACCUGGACGCCCAGGAGAAACAAGCCGAGGAGGAGGACGAGCACCUGGAGAGGACGCUGGAGCAGAACAAAGGAAAGAUGGCGAAGAAAGAGGAGAAGUGUGUGCUUCAAUGAUUGUCACUUCAGAGAAAAACACAACCAACAAAUGUAGCCGAUAAAAGAAAUGUAUCAUUAUUAUUAUUGAUAUGAUGAUUAUUAUUAUCAUUAUUAUUAUUAUUAUUAUUAUUUGAUGGUGGCUUUCCUAAACGUUUCUAUCAUCCUGAUGUGGUUGUUGUUCCGGUCAGUUUUCCCCGCAGAGACUCGGCCCUGCGACGCCUUUGCACCAACUUUAUACUGACUCAAACUGUCCCCACUUAUAUACGAUUAUUUUUCAUUUUAACUCUGGUUUUGCUUUACCAAGAACGGUACGUGUAUGUAAUAUGAAUAAAAGAGUGGCGGCUCUGUCAGACGGAGUGAUACUUGCAUGUAAAGAUGCAGCAGCAGCAGCCUUCUCUGAGGUCUGAGGUACAGCAGCACAACUGGGUUUACUGGGACGGAUGUUUUUGUUUUUUCUUCAUCACGCUGAGAUGAUGAUGAUGAUGAUGAUGAUGAAGACGACGGAGUCAAUGUGGACUUUUAAAAGGAAAAAAAAAAACAAGUCGUUACAAUAUCAGUCUUUUCAAGCUACUUCAUUACUUGACUGUGUAUCUUUUGAAUUAUUUUAAAGUUUUUACUUGUAAAAUAUCUUAAAGGGGGAACGAACGCAUUACUGUUCAUAAAUCUUAACUUUUCCUAUUGCUUUUUUUUUUUAUCGUCUUGGCUUGAAAGCAGUUUACCAAAAGAAAAGAUGUUUAAGGAAAGAAAGAAAAAAAAAAAGAAAAUCUCAUGUUGUAUAUUUUCAUCACUGCUCUGACCAACAGCUUCCAAAAUCCUCUUUUUGGUUUUUGUUUUUUUUGUUGUUUUUUUUUUUGUCAGGAUUCAUGCAGUCAAAAACAAAAAAAUAUAUAUAUUAUUUAUUGUCUUUUUUAAGCUGCUUCUUGUAAGUGAACGUACCACCACAUUUCAUUUCAUGUGCAUUUUUUUUUCUUUUUUUUUUUUUGGCUCAACAAACUUUUUUGGUUUCUAUUUAUUGUAUCUGAAGAAGAGAGAGUUAUGCUUCCAUCACGUAGAGCUCCAGAUGUCAUUUUACGUGUUGAACAUUUAUUAUCUGUUUAUUUAUUCCAGUGUCAUAACCCAAGUCUUCAAUAAUAAAGUCCUUAUGAUUUCAUACUCCACA